AGUUGGUGAAAAGAACAUUGCAGAAUUGCAGAAGGCAGCGGAUUUGAAUAGUUGUAGUCAUUAAGUAAUUAAACGGAAUUAAUUUGGAAGAUAUGCGUUACAUGGGAUUAUAAAAAAGUAAUAUUAAUACGAUGACGAUACAAGCUACAAAUACCAAUGACACUAUCAGAACUCAAGUUCUUGAUGACUACAACAGCAGCUUCAACCAUAAGAGUAUGCGUGCAGAAGAUUCCAGAAAAUAUAGCCAUCUUCAGUUGAAAUUAAAUAACAAAGAACGUAGAGAAAAUUCCUCUGUCGCUCCCGGAAUCAACACAACGAAAGAUAGUGGGAAAACUGAAAAUGAAUUCUCAUCUACAGAUCAAUCUUCUAAUUGUGGAUCUGAUGUUGCUUCCACUAUUGCUAAAUUCGCAAAGACUGGUAUGGAAGAAAGCGUAUCUAUUAAUGCUAUAUACAGUAGUGAUGCGAAUCACGCCGAAGAUUUGAAAAAUAUUCUAUAUCCUGACGGUAAAGUAGGACCUAGUCCCACCUAUGCCACAAAUACUGUAGGUAAAAAUGCCAAAACCGAUCUAUCCUUUGAUUGUUCUAAUGAGUCAUACACAAAAGAGACGCCUCCGUUGAACAUGCAAGAUACUGGUGGAACAAGUAUUCCAAAUGUAGAUGAAGACGAGGUAAUAGAGUUAGAUGACCCUUCAACUAAAUCAGGAAUAAAUGUUCAUUCAACGGCGUUUAAAGAUGACACUGUAUUCAGCAUAACCAAAGCAGGGUAUGAUAAUUUGGGAUAUCUUUCCGAUUCUGCGGUUAAUGGAAAAUAUGUGCGAGAAGAAAUGAAAAGGCGGAAAAAUGAAAUAGAACCGUCACCAGAGGACGUCUUCAAAAAACAUAAAAGAUAUCGAAAGAGGCGUUCAACUACAAGAACAAUCAAGUCUAUCAAAGAAUCAGAAAUUGACGUAGAAAUUGAAAUUGGACUCAGUGGACCUAAAAUAGGAAAAGAACUGAAGCUUACUUUAAGUGUCUGUAAUUUUCUUAUGACUAUAUUUGUGACUGGCGUUCUGUACGCUCAAGGUGUGUUGAUUGUUAGUAUCAUAGAUGGAUUUCGGGUCACCAGAACGGAAGCAUCACCUGUCGUUUCAGUGUUUGCAGCUAUUGUCUUUGGAGGAGGGGGUGUUGUUGGUCCAUUAAUGAACAGAUUUAAUGGGGGAAGUUUAUGUAUGAUUGGAGCCGUAUUUGGAAGUGCUGGGUUUAUAAUCAGCUCGUUUGCUCCAUCAAUACCAGUUUUGGUAUUAAGUAUGGGUGUCAUGGCGGGUGUUGGACUGACAGUACCAUUUAUUCUACCUUUUAUUGCCGCGAGCGAUAUGUAUGAUAAACAUCGUUUUACUAUGUUGACAAUAAUAAGUCUUUGUCCUGGUAUAGGAGGAGUUGUCUUUCCUUACAUGACAAGUGUACUUAUUGAUAUAUAUGGAUGGAGGGGCGUGGUUCUUAUCUAUGGUGCUUUAUUUUUGAACUGUUUUCCAGUAGGAUAUCUUAAUGCCAUUGUUAAACGCCGUCUCAGUAAAAAACUUGGACAGAGGACGAACUUGAAGGAAAUGCUCAAUUGCUCUCUGUUCAGGGAGCCUUUGUACCUAGUUCUAGUGUUUUGCGUGUUUCUGAUGAAUACUCUUCUACCCACUGUUAAUGUUUUCUUUGUGGAUAUGGUAAGAGGAAAGGGUUUUGAUGUCGAAACCGGGUCUUUUCUAUUGUCUGUUAAUGGUAUUACGAAUCUCGGCGGCAGACUGAUCAUAAUAGCAUUAACUCCCGUGUUAAAAUGCUCUCGUGUAGCCCAAUGGUCCGUCUAUUUAGCCAUACUGUCUGCAGCCGUUUGCCUGUACGCUUUUGUUGUCAGUUACCCUCAUCUUCUAGCCACUACCAUCGUUUAUGGGACAUUUUGGGGUAUGGCUAUGAUAUCCUAUCCGGCCAUGAUUUUAGAGGUGUCGGGACCCAAGAAUUACCCGACAGCAAUGGGAUAUUCUAAUUUGAUUGGUGCUAUAGGCGGGUUAAUAGGAGUCCCCAUUGCAGGUUUUAUAAAAGACACAACGGGAAACUAUGAUUUGGUAUAUUUUGGCACUACUGUACUUGGUCUCGUUGGUAGCGCCAUGCUGUUAACCAUGUACAUCAAGACGACUUGUCAAAAGAGAAGAGAGGAAAAGGUCAAUCACCCAGUUUUUAAAAACACGUUUACUUACAUUUCCUCGUGAAAUGUUGAAAGUUGAUAAAAUUUCUAUAUUAA